AUGACGUCCUUUCCACACCUGAGCUAUCAGCGUCAUCUAUCUAUCUAUCUAUCUAUCUAUCUAUCUAUCUAUCUAUCAGUGAUUCACUUUAUUAUCUAUCUAUCUAUCUAUCUAUCUAUCUAUCUAUCAGUUCAAUAUCUAUCCAUCUAUCAUUUGAUCUAUCUAUCUAUCUAUCUAUCUAUCUAUCAGUUCAAUAUCUAUCCAUCUAUCAUUGUAAAUAUCUAUCUAUCAUUGUACAUAUCUAUCUAUCUAUCUAUCUAUCUAUCUAUCUAUCUAUCUAUCUAUCAGUUUCACUUUAAUAUCUAUCUAUCUAUCUAUCAGUUUCUAUCUAUCUAUCAUCAUUACUUCUAUCUAUCUAUCUAUCUAUCUAUCUAUCUAUCUAUCUAUCUAUCUAUCCGUUUAUCUAUCUAUCUAUCUAUCUAUCUAUCUAUCUAUCUAUCUAUCUAUCUCAUUCACUUCAAUAUCUAUCUAUCUGUUCAAUAUCUAGCUAUCUGCUCAUUAUAUUUUGUCCUUAUCUCUACGUCCACAUUUUGUUCUCUUCUUCUUUGUCUUCCCAAAGUUUUUGUCAUUUUCUCUACGUCUUCACUUUCUUUUCUAGUUCUUCUUGUUUUUUCGUUACGUUUUUGUUUGUUUUACUUAUUUGUCUUCUGGUUGCUAUCUUCGAUUUAUUCUUUAUUUCGGUUUAAUUAUUCCCCGUGUCUUUAUCUUGCCUUUGCCUACGUUCAUUUUGUACGUUUUCGUCUUGUUCUAUAUAUUGUCAGCCAUUUUUCCUCACGAAUUUCUUUUCCUUCUCUUUUUAUGUCUUUUGUUUACAUCCCUGUCGUAGUUUCUGCCUUAUUCAGUGCUCUUUUUUCUUCUUUUCUUUUUGAUCUUUCUUUUUUUUUAAUUCUCUAUUCUACUUGUUAUUAUUUCUUUUUCAUGUUUUUCCAUAUUUCCAUUUUGUCUUCUUUUCUUCUGAAUGUUAUAUCUUCUUUUAUUUUUUUUUCUUUUUAA